AUGGCAGAUUCCUUGGCUGGUCAACGAGCGAAAAGACAAAAAAUCGACAAACAUGGACGUAUGUCAGCUUUUGAAAGACUAAAACAAUUAAAAGGCAAAGGUGUAAAGAAUAAAUAUGAUGUCGAUGAGUUGGAGAAUGUGUAUGAUACGGUUGAUGAGAAGGAAUACACAGAACGUGUGCUGCAACGUCAGGAAGACGACUGGAUUGAUGAUGAUGAUGGGACUGGCUAUGUGGAGGACGGCAGAGAGAUAUUUGAUGAUGAUGAGGUUGAUGACUCUUAUGAGGCAUCUACUAAGAAGGAAGCUGGUAGAGGUCAGAAGAGAAAAGCAAGGGUUGCACCACCAACAUCUAAAGGAAAUAUUAGAAAUCUAUUAGGAUCAAUGCCCACUAAGAAGAAAGAGGAGGUAAAAAUAUCAGAAGACAAUAUUCUAUCAGACAUAAUGUCGGACUUAGAUGGGAAUGCUUCAUCAACAGUUGUUAAGCCCAAGCCGGUUGCAACAAAGGCUAAUAUAGUGGACUCGAGCAAAAGAGAUGCCCAGAACUACUUCAAGAGUCUCUCUGCCUCUGUGAAGAAACCAAUGGCCACACAACUGACUGAACAACCAGUGAUUAAACAGGACAAUGAAAACCUAGUCAACAAGGAAGUACCUCCAAAGCUAGUUACUGAAAAUGGCAGCACAUCAAAACCUAUUGAAAAACAAGUACAAAAAAAAUCUGAAUGGAAAAUAGAUAAAGAAAUAAAACAGGAACUAGAAGACUCUGCUACUCAGGACAUAGAAGAAUUCCAAACUCAAGAUUUAAAUUUUGAUGAUGACUUCAGCAAUGAUGCUACUCCUAAAAAAUCUGAAGUGAAGAAAGAAGUGUUACCUAGUACAGGGGAGACUAUCACAGAUGUGGCUGAAGAAUUUCUAAAUGAAGAGUUUGAAAUUUUUACAACCAAAAAGGAAUCUUCAAAAGAACUCAAACCUCUUACAAGUACUUGGCCUGAUCAAAUGUGUGAAAAUCAAGUGGUAAAUGUCAAUGUGCAGGUAGACGCUCAGUUGCCACUACAAACUAAUGAGAAUGGAGAUAAAAUUAUGAAGUUCUACUGGCUUGAUGCAUGGGAGGAUAGGUUUGUGAAGCCAGGUGUUGUGUACUUAUUUGGCAAAGUAUAUGUUAAUCCAUCUAAGAAAAAAGAGGGAGCUAUUUCCUGCUGCCUUGUUGUUAAGAAUGUAAAUAGGCAGAUCUUCCUUUUACCCAGAGAAUAUAAACUAGAUCCAGUAACACUAGAACCCACAGACCAAGAGGUGACAAUGAUGGAUAUGUAUGAAGAGUUCAACAGUUCAGUGGCUAGCAACCUCGGUCUCAAGGAGUUCAAGUCGCGCAAGGUCACCAAGAAUUACUGCUUCAACUUGCCUGACAUACCAGCACAGUCUGAUUAUCUUGAAGUCAGAUAUUCUGCUUCAUUCCCGCCGCCGCCUAAGGAAAAGAAAUAUCUUACAUUUUCCCAACAAUUUGGUACUAACACUUCUUCACUAGAAACUUUCUUGCUGGAGAGAAAAAUCAAAGGGCCUUGUUGGUUGGAGAUCAAGCACCCUGAGCAAGUGCAGGCUAAAGUGUCUUGGUGCAAGCUAGAAGUAUCCUGCGAGAAGAUGGAACAUAUCAGCGUUAUUAGAAAUGAUGCGGAUUUAGAACCACCUCCAAUUAUUGUUGCUACUAUAAACAUGAGGACAGCAAUGGAUCCCAAAACAAAGAAGACAAAAAUCUUAAUGCUAAGUUGUCUGUCGCAUACAAACUUUCCAAUACACAAACCUCCGCCGAACCCGCCGUUCCAACAACACUUUUGUAUCAUUACAAAAUGUAACGAAAUCUGGCCGCUAGAUCUGAAGCAGUCUAUCGCUGGAUACAAAGCAACGAAACUAACAAAGUGUGACACUGAAAGGGAGCUACUCAAUUACUUUAUGGUACAGUUCUGGAAAAUGGACCCCGACUUGGUAGUCGGCCAUGACUUGCAAGGGUUCCAACAAGAUCUACUUAUCGGGAACAUUCUCGACCUUCAUAUACCAAACUGGUCACGUCUUGGUCGGCUGAAGAGAUCAGUUCCACCGCAGAGGAAGUUUGCAGCAAAAGAUGCGUUCUUGGGUCGCUUAGUCUGCGACAUCAAAAUAUCUGCAAUGGAGUUAAUUCGGGCGAGAAGUUACGAUCUAGAUACAUUAUGUGUGAGCAUACUCAAGAUGAAAGAAGGAGAACGCGUGGACGUCGCUCUCGAAGACGUAUCUCGCUACUACGAAAACAGCAGAGAUCUUUUCCAGCUUGUUUCACUUAGCAUGCAAGACGCUUCAUACAUACUCAAAAUAAUGUGUGAAUUGAACGUCAUACCACUAGCAUUACAAAUCACACAAAUCGCUGGCAAUAUAAUGUCUCGAACUUUGCUGGGAGGAAGAUCGGAGAGAAACGAAUUCCUUUUACUCCAUGCCUUCACAGAGAAAAAUUAUAUCGUCCCUGAUAAAGUUUAUGGUAAAAAAGCUGCAGCGGAUGAUGAUAACGAGGAGCAAGAAGGAAAUAAUACUGUUUCUAAGAAGCAAGGCAAAAAGAAAGCCGCCUACUCAGGUGGUCUUGUAUUAGAUCCUAAAAAAGGUUUCUACGACAAACUCAUUCUACUAAUGGACUUCAAUUCCUUAUACCCUAGCAUUAUUCAAGAGUACAACAUUUGCUUUACAACUAUUAAGAGAAAAGUUGCUUCCAGUUCAGAUGAUGACGUGGCCAAUCUUGUGUUGCCGACAUCGAAUACAGAUCUCGGUGUGCUUCCCACGCAAAUCCGAAAACUCGUCGAAAGCAGACGCGAAGUGAAGAAAUUAAUGAAAACACCCGAUUUGUCACCCGAACAGUACAUGCAGUACAAUAUAAGACAAAUGGGGCUCAAACUAACGGCAAAUUCCAUGUACGGUUGUUUAGGUUUUACACACUCACGGUUUUACGCGAAGCCCCUGGCCGCACUUGUCACAAUGAAGGGCAGAGAAAUCCUCCUAGAUACCAAAGAAAUAGUCCAAAAAUCAAACUAUGACGUCGUCUAUGGCGACACUGAUAGUUUAAUGAUAAACACCAACUGUCUAGAUUACGAUAACGUUUUCAAAAUAGGCGUCGAUUUGAAGAAAGAAAUAAACAAAAAAUAUAAACAAAUCGAACUCGAUAUCGACGGUGUAUUUAGAUACCUUUUGCUCUUAAAGAAAAAGAAAUACGCUGCCGUACUGAUGAGUAAAAAUAAAAACGGUGAGUUUGUACUAACUCAGGAGCAUAAAGGGUUGGACAUAGUUCGCCGUGAUUGGUCACAGCUGGCCGCCGAAGCCGGUAAAUUCAUUUUAAGUCAAAUACUUUCCGAACAGUCGGCGGACGAAAGACUCGAGAGUAUUCAAAUACACCUCAAUAAGUUGAAGGAGGAUUUAAUGAGCGGUAAAAUGCCACUCUCUAUGUUGACUAUAACAAAGCAAUUGACGAAAAAUCCUAACGAAUACGCAGACAAACACACCCAACCACACGUGCAGGUCGCUCUAAGAUUGAAUAAUAAGAAUAGUAGAAGAUUUAAGAAAGGUGAUGUGGUCCCUUACAUCAUCUGCGAAGACGGCACUGCCAAUUCGGCAACGCAGAGAGCUUAUCACAUAGAAGAGCUAAAGAACUCUGAACACCUCAAAGUAGAUUUUACGUAUUACUUAGCGCACCAAUUACACCCUGUCAUAUCUAGAAUAUGCGAGCCGAUCGAGGGUAUGGACCCCGCUCGAGUCGCCGACUGCCUCGGUCUAGAUCCGUCCGGCUACAGACAAAUCGUCAGAAGGGAAGCCGCGAACACCGACACGUAUGAAGUGGAAAACGAACAAGAGAAGUACAGACAGUGUAAAGACUUCACGUUCGUGUGCGUCGGCGAAAAUUGUAAAACUGUGAAUAAAAUAAGGGAGAACAUUGUGAAAUUGGACAAGGAGAGUGUGACGUUUUUAGAUAAGUGUCAGAACGAUAAGUGUAGUUUGAGGCCGGUGGAUUACCUGGCUAGCGUUCAGAAUCAGCUGAGCCUGCAGAUAAGGCAGUACCACGCGCAGUACUACGCAGGCUGGCUGUCGUGCGAGGACCCGGCCUGCGCUCAGCGCUCCGUGCGUUUGCCGCAGAGCUUCGCGGGCGGCUACCCGCUCUGUCGUCUCUGCGAGAAGGGGGUCAUGUUCAGAGAGUACACGGAGAAAGACCUCUAUCUACAGAUUAAUUUCUUCAUGUUUCUCUUCGAUCUCACCAAAAAUAAUAAUACAAAAAUACGCAUAUCUACUCAAACUGCGAAUGCAUUUCAACAGCUGAAAGAAAUGGUAGAGGACUGGCUGGCACAGUCUGCUUACUCCAUUAUAAACUUGUCUAAGCUAUUCAGGUUCUUCACUCUGGACAGUAAAGCUAGACAAGUGAAGUCAGAGCCGAUCGAGAUCGAUAUUGUACCAGAGACUGAACAAAUAGAUGCUCUCCUAGAAAUGGGGACCUACUAG